AAUCACGUGACGUGUUUUCUAGAUGGGUCUGCGGAGCGCCGCUCGUGGGGUCCAAUACUGUAUCGGCCGUGAAGGUCUGGAUGGCGGCUUUCUUCAUGAGCAUUCACUGAGCAGAUCGGAGCCUCACCACUGCCGCUCCACUGCCACGGCCUUUAUCUGACUUUCUCUUUUCCUGCAGUUUUUCUUCACUCCCUCUCCUACCGUCACCCAGUGACUUCUUUUCAACCUAACACCAGAUCUAACUAUCUGACGUCCGUUUGCGCCUGCGCUAUUCGCAACCAUCGUCGCCUCUUGUAGACCAGUCUCUUGAGCCGAAAAUCUACCAAAAUGUCGACGCUCUGCCAGAACCGGCUUAUGGAGGAGAGGAAGCAGUGGAGACGAGACCACCCGUUCGGCUUCUACGCGAAACCCUACCGGACGCCACAGGGUGUAUUGGAUCUGAAGAAGUGGGAGUGUGGUAUCCCGGGAAAGCAGAAGACUCUCUGGGAAGGAGGACUGUUCAAGCUAGAUGUGACUUUUCCGGACGAGUAUCCUACGAAGCCUCCAAAGUGCAAAUUCGUUCCUCCGCUCUUCCAUCCCAACGUUUACCCUUCCGGUACCGUCUGUCUCUCAAUCCUGAACGAGGAGGAGGCAUGGAAGCCAGCCAUCACGAUCAAGCAGAUCCUUCUGGGUAUUCAGGAUCUAUUAGACGAUCCCAACCCGGAAUCGCCUGCGCAGGCUGAAGCAUACAACCUCUUCAAGAAGGAUCGUCCCGCGUAUGAGAAGAAGGUGCGACAGGUUGUGAAGGAGAACCCGGCGUUGUAGGACUACGGUAGAGAUGGAUCUGUUAUUCGACAGGCCCAGAAAGACACUUCUUAGUGUAUGUCGAAUCCGUGUGCAAUUGGGUGUGGAAUGAAAUGGGCAACGGAAGACGAAGAGUGACUGAAAUCUAUUGCCAAUG